AUGAUCGGCCUCAAGGGUACACUCAACGUCAUUGACAAUUCCGGGGCCCUCCUGGUAGAGUGUGUCAAUGUCCUCAAGCAGAAAGUGAACAACGGCUGGGGCAGCGUCGGUGACGAGAUCGUUUGCGUCGUCAAGCGCGCUCGCCCAAUCUCUGCGACGACCGGUGGACCCGCGAUCAACAAGGUGCGCCGGGGGGACGUUCGCCGCGCCGUGAUAGUUCGCACCAAGAAGGCAGUGCGGAGACCCGAUGGACGGCUCAUCAGGUUCGACGACAACGCUGCAGUGCUGCUGAACAACAAGAGGGAAUUGCUCGGAACGCGUGUAGGUGGUGUCGUCAGUGCAGAUCUAAGAAUGAAGGGUUGGGGCAAAAUUGUUAGCUUGGCUCCGAAGGUUGUAUGA